CUUUUUGUUAUGCCAAAAAAAAUAUGGGUCUAAAAGGUAAGCUGAUUUCUUCAGUAGAGGUGAAGUGUGGAGGACAUUUGAUUCACGAUAUUUUUCAUGCCAAAACUCAUCAUAUAUCCAACAUAAGCCCUAGCAAGGUCAAAAGUUUUGAGAUUCAUGAAGGUGAAGCGAUAGAUGUUGGUUCAAUUGUUGAAUGGACAUAUAACGACGAUGGAAAAGAAAAGACGUUAAAGCAAGUGAUUGAAGCCGUCGAUCAUGAAACUAAAACAAUCACUUGGAAAGUGAUUGGUGGAGAUCUGUUAGAGCUGUAUGAUUCCUUCACUAUUAUCACAUCAUGUGACCAUCAUUGGACUACAUGGACGUUUUUGUAUGAGAAGAAAACUGAAGACACACCAGAGCCUCUCGUUCUCUUGGGCUUGGUCCUUCACGUGACAAAAGAUAUCGACGGUCACCUUCUCAAGUAAUAAAACAUCAAUGCUACUCAAUGGCUCAUAGCCCUAUUUAUACAUAUGCAAAAAAAUAAAAAUAAAAUAUAUAUAUAUAUGUUUACACACAAAUAUAUGUGUGUGUCUGUGUGUGAUAUUGACUAGCUAGUGUGUGAAAUAAAUAAUAUUGUGUUUGAAGAAUAUAUUACAUAUGUUCCUCUCGUUC